AUGAAUCCCCUCCAACGACUCGCCUUCUGGCUGCUGGUGCCCGGCCAGCUGGUGUGUCUGCUGGCCCAGGCUGCCACCGUGUCGCACGACUUCAACAUUGGCUGGGUCACGGUCAAUCCCGACGGCGCCUUCGACCGCACCGCCAUCGGCAUCAACGGCCAGUGGCCCAUCCCGCGCAUCGAUGCAAAUGUCGGCGACAACAUCGUCAUCAAUGUGCACAACCAGCUGGGCAACCAGUCGACCUCGCUGCACUUCCACGGCCUCUUCAUGUACGGGACCGUCCACAUGGAUGGCCCCUCCCAGGUCACCCAGUGCCCCAUUCCCCCAGGAGGCUCGUUUACGUACAACUUCACCAUUGAGCAACCUGGCACGUACUGGUAUCACUCUCAUACCCAGAGUCAGUACCCAGAUGGUCUCCGAGGGCCACUCAUCAUCCAUGACCCCAAGUCUCCUUACAAUGGGAAAUAUGAUGAGGAAAUCGUCAUGACCUUGUCAGACUGGUACCAUGACCAAAUGGCCCAUCUCAUCCCCCAGUUCAUGAGCAAGGGCAACCCCACUGGUGCCGAACCUGUUCCCCAGGCUGCCCUUAUGAACGACACCCAGAAUCUCCAGAUCUCCGUGAAGCCAAAGACCACGUACCUGCUUCGUCUGGUCAAUAUCGGUGCAUUUGCUGGGCAAUACUUCUGGAUUGAAGGCCACACCAUGAAGAUUGUUGAGGUCGACGGCGUUUACACCAAGCCUUACGAAACAGACAUGAUUUACUUGUCUGCCGCGCAGCGCUACAGUGUCUUGGUGACGACCAAGGACGAUGCCCAUAGCAAUUUUGCUGUUGUGGGAAGCAUGGAUACUGACCUUUUCGAUGUUUUGCCUGAUGACUUGGACUGGAACGUAACAAGCUGGCUCGUUUACGACAAGUCAAAGGACCUUCCUAAGCCAGCUCUGGUGUCUGAAUUUGAGCCAGCCGAUGACAUGAAACUAUCGCCCUACGACAGCAUGAAACUUCUUCCGGAGCCAGAUCGAACCGUCGAGUUGGAAGUCAAGAUGGACAACCUCGGAGAUGGUGCCAACUACGCCUUCUUCAACAACAACACAUAUCGCGAGCCCAAGGUCCCCAGUCUUUACACCGCCCUCACCGCCGGCGAGCUUGCUGCCAACCCCAAGGUCUACGGAGAGUACACCAACUCGUUCGUCCUGGAGAAGGAUCAAAUUGUGCAGAUCGUGAUCAACAACCACGAUGACGGCCGCCAUCCAUUCCAUCUCCACGGUCAUCACUUCCAGGUCAUCCACCGCAGCGACGAGGACGGAGGCGAUUUCGCUGAAGCAAACCACAUGCAUCUCGCCUUCCCUUCAACGCCCAUGCGUCGCGACACAAUCGUCGUCGAGGGGAAUGGCAACGUCGUGCUCAGGUUCAAGGCAAACAACCCUGGCGUCUGGCUUUUCCACUGCCACAUCGAGUGGCACAUCGUUUCCGGCUUGCUGGCUACAUUUGUCGAGGCCCCCCUGGAGCUCCAGAAGACCAUCGAGCUGCCAGCCAGCCACCUGGACAACUGUAAGGCUGGGGGGUUUCCAUUCGCUGGAAACGCUGCCGGUAACAAGGACAACCUCUUGGACUUGACGGGCCAGAAUGCUCCCCCGCCUCCUCUGCCUGCAGGGUUUACCACUAAGGGUAUCGUGGCCUUUGUCAUCAGCUGCAUUGUAGGAAUCACAGGUACUCUGUUCGUGGCCUGGUAUGGUCUGAGCCCACGAGAAGUCUCUGAGCAUGCAAGAGACGAAGCAUCAUUAGAGGUAGAAGGCGAUGAGACUUCUGCUGCUCCACAAAAUGGUGUUCGAGCUUCAGAGGAUGAAGAGGAACGAAGAUCUACGGACUAUCUGCUAGGUGGCUCGGCUGCCAGCAGAAGGAACUAA